ACUAUCCUAAUAUGUUUGACUACUAUCCUAAAACGACAAACGGCAGCCUCAACACUAGUGCCCUGUUGACUUUCAAUAAAAUGGAUUCAAUGGACAUUGAUGCCGAUCUAAACACUGUGAUCAUCGAGGAGGCGGAGAGCGAGGAUAGCCGCAAGUCGGCCGCCUCCGAUCCAUCCUCACAGCAGCAGGAGUCGCAGCUGGAGAAGAAGCCGCUGAACCCAGAGGCGGAACCGAAGCCGGACGAGCCUUUGGAACUCACCCAACUUAGCAAUUCGAAUUCGGCUACCGCUACCCCUGGCCAGCCGACCGGCCCUGAAGAACCGCAUCCCGAACUGGACAUUGUCAUCAACAAUGUGGUGUGCUCCUUCAGUGUGCGUUGCCACCUGAAGCUGCGCGAAAUUGCCCUGAAAGGCGCCAAUGUGGAGUAUCGUCGGGAGAACGGAAUGGUGACCAUGAAGAUGCGUCAUCCCUAUACGACAGCCUCGAUCUGGUCCUCGGGCAGGAUCACCUGUACCGGUGCCACCUCAGAGCCACUGGCCAAAGUUGCAGCACGUCGGUAUGCCAGGUACCUGGGAAAACUGGGGUUUCCCACACGCUUUCAGAACUUUCGGAUUGUGAACGUCCUAGGCACCUGCAGCAUGCCUUGGGCCAUCAAGAUUGUCAACUUCUCGGAACGGCAUCGUGAGAAUGCCAGCUAUGAGCCGGAAUUGCAUCCGGGUGUUACCUACAAAAUUCUCGAUCCCAAGGCCACCUUAAAGAUCUUCUCAACCGGCAGCAUCACGGUGACAGCGGCUAGUGUCAAAAAUGUGGAGGCGGCUAUCCAGCAUAUUUAUCCGAUCGUUUUCGAGUUCCGGAAGCAACGUUCUGCCGAGGAAUGGCUACAUAUCCGCUCUAAACGACGGCAUUUCGUUGGUGCCGACCCCUCGGAACUCGAGGAGCUGAUCAUGAACGAGAACAAGGUGCCGGGCGAUAACAAUAUCGUUGUGAACACCCAGCCGGACCACGGGAAGUCUGAAAAGGAGGCAAGUGCCACGGCACUGUCCACCUCCCCGAUCAACAGUGUCCAGCGCUUGAAACAGUUCGAGAGCUAUGUUCUUGUGGAUAACCAGACGCAGGACGGGCGCCGCCACAUACCCUUCCAUGAUGACUCAUCCGCCAAGUCGUCCCCAACGGCGGCGGGGACAGCCUCGUCAUCCUCUAGCGGGGACAAUAUUUGUGCCAAUGCCCGUCGCCGUGCCACCGAGUACUGGGCCAGCAAGCUGGAGAACAAGCGGACGCGCUACAACAUAGCCAGUCCGGAGCCGGCGACAUCGUCCUCCGGCAUUACCGUUGUAGGCAAUCCCAGCCAGGGCACGCCACUGGCACCAGCGGCAAGAUUCCAGUGA